UAAGCAGUUUGGGAUUUUUUUUCAGAACCAAAACAAAACAAAAAAAGAAAAGAAAAAAAACCACUGCAUCUUCCACCCGGAAAUCCGAAGACGUUUCAUUCCAAUCACCCCGCCGUUUAGUGCCAAACCGCCCAACCUCUGAUCGCCGGAGAUCAAAGCCCCAUUCCGCCGUCUCCGAACUCGAUUCCUCGCCGUCGUAAAUGCCUGUUCGGCCGGCUGCCGCCGCGUGAGGGAAAUUCCUGUUUUUUUUUUUUUUUUUUUUUGUCCGAGAAAUUGUAAAACUUUGAUGGGCGAUCUUAGGCCUCGGUCGCCUGAGCCAAACGGCGCCGUUUUGGAGGAGAGGCCGACCUCGUCUUCCUCGUCCGUGUUUUCAAUUUCAACCAAUCAGAGGGGGGGCGUUUCCGCCGAGUACUGGCGGAGAGCGGAGGAGGCGACGCAGGGGGUUAUAGCUCAGGUCCAGCCUACUCACGUCUCCGAGCGGAGAAGGAAGGCCGUCAUUGAUUACGUCCAGAGGCUCAUUGGAGGUUGUAUUGGUUGCGAGGUGUUCCCGUUUGGAUCAGUACCUCUGAAGACGUAUCUGCCGGAUGGAGAUAUUGAUCUGACUGCUUUUGGUGGUCUAAAUAUUGAGGAGUCACUGGCCAAUGAUGUCUGUGCUGUUCUUGAAAGGGAAGAUCACAAUAUGGCUGCUGAGUUUAUGGUGAAGGAUGUGCAGUUAAUUCGGGCUGAGGUUAAGCUUGUAAAGUGCCUUGUGCAAAAUAUUGUGGUUGAUAUAUCCUUCAAUCAGUUAGGAGGGCUAUGUACGUUAUGCUUUCUUGAGCAGGUUGAUCGCCUCAUUGGCAAAGAUCAUCUCUUUAAACGUAGUAUCAUACUGAUUAAGGCUUGGUGCUAUUAUGAGAGUCGAAUUCUUGGUGCCCAUCACGGUUUGAUAUCUACAUAUGGUUUGGAGACCUUAGUUCUUUUUAUCUUCCAUCUAUUCCAUACAUCUCUGAAUGGUCCUCUAGCGGUCCUGUAUAAAUUCUUGGACUACUUCAGUAAAUUUGAUUGGGACAACUAUUGUAUCAGCUUGAAUGGUCCAGUUCGCAUAUCCUCACUUCCUGAACUCUUGGCUGAGAUGCCAGAUAAUGGUGGGGGUGAUCUAUUGCUCAGUAGUGAAUUUCUCAGGAGUUGUGUGGAUAGGUUCUCAGUUCCUUCAAGGGGAUAUGAGACAAAUUAUAGAACUUUCCAGCCAAAGCAUCUUAAUAUAGUUGAUCCACUUAAAGAAAAUAACAACCUUGGCAGAAGUGUGAGUAAAGGAAACUUUUACCGAAUAAGGAGCGCUUUCACAUAUGGUGCUCGAAAACUAGGGCGCAUCCUUUCCCAGCCAGAAGAGAACAUUGAUGAUGAGAUUAGAAAGUUCUUCUCAAACACAUUGGACAGGCAUGGAAGUGGACAGAGGCCGGAUGUCCAAGAUCCUAUUCCAUUAUCCAGAUAUGAUGGGUUUGGUUCUGCAUUGGGUUCAGAGUUGCAAGAAGAUAAAGCAGUUUAUGAAUCUGAAUCUGCUUAUUCAACUGGCUUGGUUGGGGAUUCUGGGUUAAAUCAUGAGGGAUCUUGGGAUGGUGGAGAUACAAAUAUUAAUGUACCUGGUCAAGUUACAAAUGGUCCAUCCAAAAGUGAUGCAGAGUUAGUAUCCCCAACAAUGUUUCCGGAAAUAGAGGGUUCCUCAAACGGAAUUGCUGUUUCAGAGUGCCGCCUAGUUGGGGAUGCAAAAGACCUAGCUACCUCCAGAUUUCAUGACCUUACAAUUUCAAAUGAUGCUCAGAAACCAUCCCCGUCCAAAGGUGAGAUGAGUAUGUUUCCUUUGUGUAAAACACAACUUGCACCUCAUCUUUAUUUCUCUCACUCAUCAAUGGGAAAUGGGAACGUUAGUAAUGGAGAUGAAGAUCACGAACUGCCAGAAAGCUUUGGAUCAGCUGAGAAUGGGGUUGGUAACCAGGAUGAGAAUCAAUCAGCUUGUAAUCAGGAGUCUUUGGCUCCUGUUGGACAAAAGCACCAACUUUCACGCUUGCAUUCCAUUGUGGGUUCAUCUGAAGACUUUUAUCCUAGUUAUUCUGGUUAUCGGAUGCCAAUUAGCACUACUGGAAGUCCUGAAACUUCUAACCCUUUGUCUGAUCUCAGUGGGGAAUAUGAUAGUCACUUACAUAACCUACGUUAUGGCCGUUCAUGCUAUGCAUACGAGCUCAAUGCAGUCCAUCAUCCCGUGCAGCCUCCAAUGCCCUCACAGUACCAGAGAAGUAAGUCAUGGGAUGUAAGUCGACAGUCUGUGCAGCUCAGACAGACUGCAUUUUCACCAAUGAGUCCCAAUGGUGUUGUCCCUAGACAAGCAUUUUACCAUUUGAACCCACCAAUGCUACCUAAUGGUGCUGGGUUUGGUAUGGAGGAGAUGCCAAAACCACGAGGAACUGGAACAUACUUUCCCAAUACGAACCAUUACAGAGAUAGGCCCAUGACAACAAGGGGAAGAAAUCAAGCACCAGUGAGGGCUCCUCGUAACAAUGGCCAUGCCAUGAUACCACCUCCAGAAAAUAAUUUUCCUGACAGAAACAGUCGUGAGCUAUCACAAGCCCAAAUGCCUCUUCAAAAAGGUGGGGGAAAGUUUGGUUCUCCAGAUAGCCCCACCAACUCCCCUCGAAUGAAAGCAUAUCCCAAUGCCAAUGGGUCAAUACAUCCUUCUGAUCGAAUUGUAGAAUUUGGGUCAGUUGAGCAUGUGCCAUUAGAGGCAACUCCCAGUGGCAGGCAAACAAACUCGGGAUCAUCAUCCAGUCAAAAUUCCAGUGUUGGCCAAGCCUCAACAAACUCGGAAUUGGGUACAGAUCAAGAUAGGAUUUCUGUGCAGUCAUACCGUUUGAAAGAUGAAGAUGAUUUCCCACCGUUAUCAGCCUGACAAAAGUGCGAUUGAUGAUCUCUUUAUAUGGAUGGUAGUAUGAAAGAGUGUUACAGUAAUUGCUAACAUACUGCUUAUAUGGCUCUGGGCCACAACUUUUUAUGAAAGCUUUACAUAUGGAGUUAGAUAUUCUGUCUGUUGGAAGCCAGUUGUACAUUCUCAACUAAUCUUUUAACGCCUUUUUUAAAAUCUUUAUCGGGUGCCCUUUGCACCGAGUGUAGUUUAUGUAUAGGUUGCUUGGUUAAUCCGCUCCCCAGGUUUUGUUGUCACCAUUACCCCUGUGGGUAAUUGUAGAAACACAGAGAUAAUGUUGUUGGUGAUGUCUGAUAUAACUUAUAUAUUCAGGAACGUUUUUCUUGGCAAGCUCUAAA